ACGGAAUAAAAGAAAGAGGUUAUCUUGACUAUUGCCUUGUGAACUCUAUUGUUUUUGUUGAAAUUUUAAUUCUGAUUUUUAUUGUGCAGAAAUGAUUCUAAUUCCAAGAACAAAUACUUCCAAUCUAUAAAUCGUGCGUGUCUACAUCUAAAUUUGACAACUUUAUUCUCUGUGCAAUAACUUUGUAAAAUACUAGGGUUUCAAAAUCAUGACUUUCUGCUCUGGUUUUGUUUUUCCUUUCUAUAUGUUUUGUCUAUGUCCAAGAGCUUAAUUCUCAGUUACUAUUAAAGGUUUCUCAAAAGUUUAAAUUUUAUUAGCUGAGUUUUCUGUAAUUGUUUAAAAAUGGGUGUACGCAUGAAAACACCUCCAAAGGAUUGGGAUGACGAUGAAAGAGCUAGCACAUUACUGGCUCCUUUUCGAAAAAAAGAAUCAAAUCCAUUGGGUUAUGAAUCUAAAAUGUCUUUUUGGAAAAAUCUUAUAGAAAACUGUUGUUUUGAAAGUGAUUGUUGUACCUUUACAUUGGACAAUUUAGAAAACGCUUUCAAAAAUAAGGAACGAAGGCCACAAUGUCUAAAAGAAGUAUUAGAAAAUCUGUAUAGGGAACAAGAAAUCGCUUAUUUGCAGUGUUUUCUGGCUGAACAACCGAGCGCUAAUGGUUCGAAAAGAUGGAUGACAUGGGCGAUUCAGUCAUUUGUUAAAGCACCUGCCGUGUGGUCCGUGAACAGACUGAAAGAAUCGUUGGUCUCUCCGAGUGAAGUCGAUUUCACACAAGCGUUCGUUCAUAUGCCAGUUGUCAAGAAACAAGCUGAAACCAUCCUGAGAGAUAUGGACGAAGAUCUGAAAGGUACUCUCAUCCGCUACGAAGAACUCGCUGAUGUGUGUGCUGCAUUUAAAAAGUUCAAUGAAUGUUUGAAUGUUAUUGUUCAUUGGUUGGAAUUGCAAGGCCAUGUAUCUACCAUUGAAGUGGAGAACGAAAAAUUGAUCAGAUUCUCGAAAAAUGACAAAUUUGAAAGUAUCACCGAUUUGGAACGAACCACUUUCUUAUUGGAGAAAAAUGAGAAACUAUUGUUGAACAGUAUAGAGAAUUUGGAAAAUAAAAAACAGGCGCUAGUUAGCGAUGCGCAAGGAUAUUUGAAAAAGAAUAUGCGACCAAUGGCUAAAAGCUGUUUGCGAAAGAAGAAAGAGAUUGAAAAGCAGAUCGCCCAAAAAUGCUCGGCUCUCGAUAACAUUCAGACUAUUCUCACACGGAUCAGAAAUAUGGAAUCCGACUCAAAAGUAUUUUCAUCUUACAAAGACAGUCUAUCAAUGAUCAAAGAACUGAUGAGUAAAAACGACUUAUCUGAAGAGACUGUCGGAAAUACAAUGAUGCAGCUGCAAGAAGUUCUGGAAGUCCACGAUGAGAUUCAGAAUUCGCUUGCUGAGCCGGCGUCUACCCUCAUUCCUAAUUCCGAUGAAGAUUAUGAGAAGGAGCUGGCUGAGUUAUUGGCUGACGAUAAUUUGACCUCAGAAAGUUACGAUUUUGGUUUUCCGGAGCCCCCUACAACAACUCCUAUUGCCUCGCCAAUAAAGCCGCAGAAGGAGGAUAAAGCUAAACUCCCCGCUUGUUGAAUACGUACUUGACAUCUUGACAAGCCUUCCUUAAAUGUGUCAUAUAUUUCUUCUAUUAUUUCCUGUCACAAACACAAUCGUGCCUUUUCUCAUUAAAACAUGUUUUUAAUGUCAUUUUUAUCGUUGGGAUUGUUAUACAUGGUGAACAUUUCGAAAUUUAAUUUGUAACAUGCAGGUUGACACAGAAUAACGGGAACUUUUAAAAACGCCAUAAAACAUUAAUGGAAAGGGCAAAAAUGAUUCUAUUCAAACUAAUGUAAAGUUCAAGACUUGCCAUUUGUGAAUUAUUAAUAAUAUCGAUCACUUUCUGACGAUUAAUUCUUUAAGAUGGCUUCCUCCUGAACGAAUACACUCUUGAAAUCUGACGAUUCCUCAUUGAUCGCUGCAACAUCUGCGUUUCCUGGUCCCAUGAUCUGUCCACCUGCGAUUUUCUGUUUGUGAAGCUCAAAUCAAACGUUUUCACAACUUGACCAAUAACUGUGGUUGAAUCAUAACAGACAAUUCAAAAUUAAAUUAACAACAUCACAGCUGAAAUGUUGCAGGAAUCUCAUCACAGAUAUCAAGAGUAUUUUCGUGAAGAAGGAAGCCAUCUCGAAGAAGUAAUUGUCAAAAAGUGAUAGAUGUUAUUAAUAAUUCUCAAAUGGCAAGUCUUGAAUUUUACAUUAGUUUGAAUAAAAUCAUUUUUGCCCUUCCCACUAAUGUUUUAUGGCGUUUUUAAAGUUCCCGUUAUUCUGUGUCACUCUGUAUUAUUAGUGUCUCUUGAACAAUUGCACGGUGCCGUUAAAAAUAGGUUGAUAUUUGAUCAAGAUCAUUAUGAAGUGAAGUUAAUCAGUGUUUGAACUUGUAAUAAUUUUUAUCAAAAAGAUUAAUGCGUACAUAAAAUGUAAGAAUGUAAGUAAACUGGUAGUAGUAAGCUUUAAUAUCAUAAAUUAAAAUCAUUUACAAAUUACUUUGUUCUUCUCUAAACAAAAACUCUCGUUCAAGAAAACGUUUUAUUUAAAUUUUCACAGAUCAUAAAAACGUAGAACUACAAGACCUAACCUAUUUCGGACUAAGUUUUAUCAUAGAGAAACAAUAGCGUAAGUAGAUAUCCCAUGGUAUAGGGUGUUUACGUCGUAACUUUUACUGUUAUCUCAAGCCGAUAGUUCACGUAGUUCUUUCCCAUAAAGCUAUGUGACGCUGGCAGUCUCUCAUAUUGUGCCGUUCAUACAAUCUCACCCGGCCAAAACAGUAAAAAUCUACAAUAAUCGACAGUAAUCGGCUUGAGAUAACAGUAAAAGUUGCGACAUAAUCGCCCUAUACCAUGGGAUAUCUACUUACGCUAUUGUUUCUCUAUGGUUUUAUCUAAAUUUGGGAGAGGAAUAGCACAAUGUUACCUUAUUUUUCCUCUCCCUAUCAUUCUGAUAAUGUAUACUUAUUGUAUAAAUGAUAAAAAUAAAGUAAUGUAACUAUGGAACAUAUGCAAAACUCUUGGAAUUCUUCUAAUAACUCACAUUGAUAAUAAUUAUCGCCUAUCAAAAUGUCUAAACUAUUUAUAGUUUUACUACUUGUAAAUAAUCAAUUUUAGAUGAAAUUGUCAGUUCUAUUAGUAAUCUAUUCAAACCAAACUAGUUUCAAUGUUCAAGGUAUUAUAAAACUGCCUCUGAAGAUGACGCCCUGAACAUCAAAACUAUAGUAAGGUCCACGUUAUAAUGGCAGUGUUUAAUUAGCAAUGGUAUUGCUAUCCUUGUCUAUCAUUCAACAGAGCGGAUAGCGCUAUCUCUUUCUCGCUUUGCUCUGUUGUCAGAUCGUCUUUCAUUGAUGUAGAAUUAACAAAAUAUUUCAUCUAAAUUAUGUAAAUUCAUUAUGAAAUUAUUGAAAAAUAUAAUUUCUAGCUUAAUAAAAUAUAAUUGAUUACUUUAAAGGAGAAUGAACAAUUUGUAUUACAUUAAUAAACCUGUAUCAGCUACCGUGUAUAGAAGGCAUUGACAAGACAGUGAGGAUCGGCAACGCUGUUCUCCUAUCUUUCUCCACUGCCAUUAUAACGUGGACCUCACUUAAGUUGGGUUUAAUUAGAUUAAAUAAACAUGAGGAACUGAAAAUAUAUUACUCAUUGCACCUUAAUAUGGAGGAAUUCCACGACAUAUCUGUGUCUAAAUUAAAUUAUUUUUUAUUCACAAAUACCUAUUUCUAAUCUUUGUAUCACUAUCUGCUAUUCAUUUGGUAACUUAUUUAGCAUGCCCAAAUUCGCAUUUUUUCAACCCAUAAAUAACCAUUUCAACUUUAACCCUACUGUCUUAUAAUAUAACAACUAUUGUUUUAC